CACACCGACGACACCGGUUAGGCGAGGAUAUAUACACACUUACACAUACGCGCGCGCACGCACGCACUCACAACACACUCACACACGCGCGCGCGCGCACGUAUAUAUAUAUAUAUAUAUAUACACACACACAUACACGCACAUACACACUCACGCACAUACACACAGUUCCGAAAACACAAGCACGCAGCACUUUCCGAACACUGUGCGCAUGAAGACGGGGAAAUCCGCCAGGAUGUGUUGGUGACCGAUGCGCACGGAGACGGUGUGUGUGUGUGUUUGCAUGCGGCACCGACGGACUUUUUAAUCACUGCGAGCACUGAGGACCUACUUUUUGUUGCUAUUCUCUUUAUAUCUUGUUGCAGAAGGAAGCACAGCGGAUGACUUAAGCAUCAGAUUGCGCGCAUGUGCCUGGAGCACAAAUAAAAAUAGCAGGCUUGUUUUUUUUUUUUUAAGAAACUUUUUUCUGCUCUUAAUAGGUCCCUUUUCUUCUCUAGCAUUGGCUCCCGUGCAAACAGCCGCGUUGGAUCCGUCGGGUUACUGCGAGCCUCCGGUGUAUAACCCGGACCUGUGCCCCAACAUGAUUGCCGCGCAGGCCAAGCUCGUGUACCAUCUGAACAAGUAUUACAACGAGAAGUGUCAAUCGCGCAAGGCGGCCAUCGCCAAGACCAUCCGCGAGGUGUGCAAGGUGGUCUCAGAUGUGCUCAAGGAGGUCGAGGUGCAGGAGCCGCGCUUCAUCAGCUCGCUCAAUGAGCUGGACAACCGGUUCGAGGGCCUCGAAGUGGUCUCACCCACUGAGUUCGAGGUGGUGCUCUAUCUCAACCAGAUGGGAGUCUUUAACUUUGUGGACGACGGCUCGCUGCCCGGUUGCGCCGUGUUAAAGCUGAGCGACGGCCGAAAGCGCAGCAUGUCUCUCUGGGUGGAGUUCAUCACGGCCUCUGGAUACCUGUCGGCGCGCAAGAUCCGCUCGCGUUUCCAGACGCUUGUGGCGCAGGCCGUGGACAAGUGCAGCUACCGCGACUCGGUCAAGAUGGUGGCCGAUACGAGCGAAGUGAAGCUGCGCAUCCGAGACCGCUACGUGGUCCAGAUCACACCGGCGUUCAAGUGCACAGGGAUCUGGCCGCGCAGCGCCGCGCACUGGCCCCUUCCGCAUAUCCCGUGGCCUGGUCCGAACCGCGUGGCCGAGGUCAAGGCCGAGGGUUUUAACCUGCUCUCCAAGGAGUGCUACUCGCUGAACGGGAAGCAGAGCUCGGCCGAAAGUGACGCCUGGGUGCUGCAGUUCGCCGAGGCCGAGAACCGGCUGCUGCUCGGCGGAUGCAGGAAGAAGUGCCUCUCGCUGCUGAAAACUCUGCGCGACCGGCACCUCGAACUCCCCGGGCAGCCGCUCAACAACUACCACAUGAAGACCCUGGUGUCAUACGAGUGCGAGAAGCAUCCGCGGGAGUCGGACUGGGACGAGAACUGUCUGGGAGACCGGCUGAACGGCAUCCUGCUGCAGCUCAUCUCGUGUCUGCAGUGCCGCCGGUGCCCGCAUUACUUCUUACCGAACCUCGACCUGUUCCAGGGCAAACCGCACUCGGCGCUCGAAAACGCCGCAAAGCAGACUUGGAGGCUUGCGAGGGAGAUCUUGACCAACCCUAAAAGUCUGGAAAAGCUUUGAGGUAAAGCAGAGACUCGAGAAAUUCUAUCCACAUGUACUGAAGUGAAAAUUCUUAGGCGUGAGUAGAGAGAAAAAGUCGGGUUCGGCUUUAGCGCCUGCCUGGAGUCGGGAAGCCUGUUACAGGCGAGCAGCUUGGACUUAAACACUAACGCUCACCCAUCUUUAAACCUUACCCCAUCUUCUUGUCCAAAUGUGUCUCUAUAAAAAUUAUUUUAGACAUCGUAGUCUAAAAUAGUUUUUAUAACUCAUUUCAUGAAAGUACUAUUCUAUUUUGUGUUCUGUGUUGCUCAUAGCUUUUACGCGAGCAAAAAAACAAAUGUAACAAUCAAAAUGUUUAUUUGGUUAUUUAUCAGUGUUAUAUCCUUUUUUUUCUUAUUGAGCCGUCAACCCAACAAAACCCAUUAAACGACUCAUAAACGUAUGUUUUUUUUCCCGUGACGAUUUAGACAAAACACACCCUGUACAUUUUUAUACUGUAAAUACACACAUUUGUAGAUUGUGAUUCCGCCAGUCUAAAAAUUGUGAAUGUUGUUCUGUGACAUGUCAAAUAGACGUUUAAUUCCACCUGUUCUUUUAUUAUCAUAACUACAUCUGCGUGAAUUAUUUCUGAUAGAAAUGAUGGGGAAAAAAAAUCCAUUUAGAUCAGCAGUAAUAGUUAAACUAUUGUUCAUUGCAAGUUCCGAAUUUUUAGAGUUUACAUUUGGUGGUACUAUUUGUUACAUUUUUUUAAACAUUCCGUAAGAAUACUUGAAUUCUUAUUUAACAUAUAUUCCACCUCUUUUUGUUAUAACUUGCUUACAUGACAAAAGCUGAAAAUGAAAAUAUUGAAUUAUAUAUAUGGAAAAAAAAUAUACCUGAAAAACAAUGCACUUGAAAUACACUGGACUAUAAACAUUGUGAGUUGAUUUUUUUUUUUAACAUUUCUGUCUCUGAAUUAUUUUAAAGAGUUAAUAAAAAAGAACAAAAGCAAAGACAGGAU